AUUUCCCACCAUUUACAAUACAGAACAUGCAAAAGAUGCAUUGGAUCUUGCUCAAGUGCAGGAAACAACCAAACAGUUGGCAAAAGAAGAAAAAAUUAAGGUUCAUCAUUUUAAUAUUAUUAUUGAUAGAUGAUCAGUGUCGGACUGAACGAUCAUUGAGCACUAAGUGAUAGUGUCGUAAUUAUUAUAGUAAUUUAUUAUGUUUAGUUUUACUUUACUGUAUCAAUGGACCAAUCCCAUAUUAAAUUAAAUCAAAAUUUUGAUCUUAACAAGUCUAGACAAGAUUCCAUCACAGCAUGAAAGAGCAUCACAAAAUUAGUAAUAUUCCAAAGUUUCGUUGCGAAAUGUUGUAAAAUGUGGAUAAUAUAGCCUUGCAAAAUUUGUAAUUUUCAGUCAUUUUGUAUUACAAAUGUGAAAUGGUUACCACUUCGGAAAAUUUCCCGCACGUAAUACAAAAUGACUGAAAAUUGCAAACUUCACAAGGCUAUAUUAUCCACAUUUUGCAACGAAACUCUGGAAUAUUGCUAAUUUUGUGAUGCUCUUUCAAGCUGUGAUGAAAAUUUUGGUUAAUGUGGGAUUGGUCCAUUGUUUACACUAUUUAGGAAUAUGAAUUGGGGAUCAAGCAAAUGGAUAUUGAAAGGAUGCGAGCAGAACAAGAAGAAAGAAGGAAAACAAUGGCAGAAGAAGCUAAACAUAAUCAACAGGUGAAGUAGAAGGCAUAGAUGAUGUCAACAAAAUGACAAGCAUCCAUAACUCUCCAGUUCAAUAUAGUCUUGAAAGUCCUAUUUUCUGCAUUCUCAAAUGACCAGGAUUAGAAAGAAUGUAUGGUCCUAGAACACCACUUCGUAUCCCCAACAUUUCUUUAUCAGAUUGGGAAAACUAAUUGCAAAAGUUCAAUAUUAAGUCUUGAUAUUUUAUGCAUAUGAAGUGUUAUUAGGGUCAUAAUUCAAAUAGAAAUUCUAUUGUGUUAACACUCAAUUAUAUGUUUCUGUUAUUCGAAUUUGAAUAACAUAAUUUGAAAUCGAAUAACAUAAUUUGAAAUCGAAUAAUACAAUUUGAAAUCAAAUUCCAUAACUCCUUUUCAAAAGCCAGAACUCUGUUUUCAAGUGCUAAAACUCUGUUUUCAAAUGCCAGAUCUACCGUUUUGAAAUGCCAGAACUCUGUUUUCGAAUGCCAGAAUUCCGUUUUUAAAUGCUAAAACUCCACCGUCUUCAAAUGCCAGAACUCCUUUUUCAAAUCCCAAAACUCAGUUUUCAAAUUCCAGAACUACCUUUUCAAAAGCCAGAACUUCGUUUUCAAAUGCCAAAACUCCGUUUUCAAAUGCCAAAACUCAGUUUUCAAAUGCCCGAACUCCUUUUUCAUAAGCCAGAACUCCGUUUUCAAAUGCCAAAACUCUGUUUUUAAAUGCCAGAUCUACCGUUUUGAAAUGUUACAUCCCAAACCCUGUAAAAUGUCUAUUUAUUAAAUAGCACUUUUGUCCUUCACAGAAAGCCCAGUAUCAAGACCAACUGGCAAGAAAGCGUUAUGAAGAUCAAUUGUCACAGCAGGUAGCGCUGAAAUCAUGCAUCUUGUGUAAUACCAUCUCUUUUUCAUCGUAAUUUUGAUAUGUUUAAAAUUAUAGCGGAGUGUGAAUGAUGAAAAUUUAAGAAGACAGGAGGAAUCUGUGAAAAAACAAGAAGCUUUAAGAAAAAGUAUGGCAAAUAUUCACUGUAAAAUUCUAAUGCAAGAAUGAAAGUUAACCAAUUGAGUGUCAGAAAUAAUAAAUGCAUUAGAGUACAAUGUCAAAUUGUGACUUAAUGGUUAAUAUGCAUUUAUUUUAGUACUAGUGAUGAAUUUCCAUUUGUCAAAUGUUAUGUGUAAUACCUAAAAAUUCAGAGUCAAUCAAAUUAUGGCUUUUUGUUUAGAGACAAUUGAGUAUGAAGCGCAACUCAAGCACCAAAAUGAAAUGAAAAAGCUUGAAGCAGAAUUGAAAGGAAAGUACGUUCCACAAAGUCACGAACAUACAUUUUGAUAAAGAUAUCUUUUGUCAUGCUUGGAAUUGUAGCAAGAACAAUUUCAUUCUGUUAUUGCUAAAUUUUAGAGCAAAGAUUGAACGUGAAAAUCGUGAUAUUCGCCUUGAACAGAUAAAAGUUGAAGCAGCGGAAAGAAGGCAAACUAUUUUGGAGUCGAUAAAGUAAGUGAGAAAAUGUAUAAACUCACAAGAGUUACGCGCAUUAACCAGAAUUGUAUUCGUCAAAAAAUCAUUGCGCGUUAAAUGAAAUACAUCCUUCUGAAAAGUAUAUUAUUUUGGCUACAGACCCUCGUUUUCGUGUGUGGGACAUUAGUUAGAGCCUAACCUGUCAAUCACGAAAGCAAGGCUCUUUAGCCAUAGUGACAUAGUGGUCUUCGCCACUGAACAGCACUAAAUACUACACUCUCCAUGUGGUUUCAUAAAUGACACUAAAAUGUUAAAUGUAAUCAGAUUGACUGGAAAACAGCCUCCAAUGAAAACUUAUUGUGAAACAAUAAGGUAUCUUAUUGUUUCACAAUAAGGUAUCUUAUUGUUUCACAAUAAGGUAUAACUUUACGAAGAUGACCAACAAUGUAUCAUGAUUUAUGUGUUUAUUAGGACAGCCGGCAGUAUUUUGGGCACAGGAAUCAAUACGUUCAUAUCGGAUUGGGAUCGCGUAACUGCUGCGGCAAGUAUUGGUGCAAUUAUGUUUUUUAACUGUUCUACUAUUCUUGGGUUUCAGUCACGUGAUAUUUUAGCACAAUUUGAACUGAGGUUAACUAAAAUUACAAAGAAACGAAAUGAAUGUCAACGCAUAUUAUGCAAAUGAGUUCUCCAACUAUCAUAAAAGCCAAUAUAAAACAACCUAAGCAAUUUAAAAGCCGUCAUAUGAAACCCAAGAAUAUCUGAUUAGUCAUUCACAUAUUUUGGAAUGGUAAUACACUCCGCCCUAGUAUAAACCCCCAGACUAUGUAAAUGCACGUCACUAACACCAUUAUUUAUAAAGUGUUCCCUUACUAUUUUAGGCUGCGGGGAUUACACUUUUUGCCUUCGGUAUUUACGCUGCAAGACAGGCGACUGGAGUUGUAGGGAGGUAGGAAUAUUUUCACCAAGCAAGAACAAUUUGGUAAUUCUUGUAUGUAUCUCCAAUAUUUCUAUCCUUUCUAGGUAUAUAGAAGCAAGAUUAGGCAAGCCAUCAUUAAUUCGAGAAACCUCCAGAUUAACUGCUGUAGGUGCAGUAAGACAUCCGAUUUUGGU